UUGAAAGUUAAGCAAAAUGGUAUUAACCGGUCGUAUCCAACCGACAUUAAAUCCCAAUCAAAGACUUUUUCUCCAAGAUGAAAUACGCUAUAAACAUCAGUUGGAAAGGAUCCGGAGGGAAAGUGCAGACUCCGAAGGAUUAUACACGCGGAAACAAUCAACGGCAGAUGAUCCAUUGCUCCUUGACGAAUACGACUCAUUUUACCAUACAACCAAAAGUCUCCUCGUCCUGUUUCAAAUCAUGGGAAUCAUGCCCAUAAGACGUAAUCCUCCGAAACGUGGAGUGGAAAGGACAUCAUUUAAAUGGUCCCGCGUUUUUGUUUGGGCAAUCUUUAUAUAUUGCUUGGAGUUGGUGGUGGUGGUACUGGUUGGAUACGAUAGAGUGAUGAACUUCAUAGACAAUUCCGAGAAAAAAUUCGAUGCUAUCAUCUACAACGUAAUAUUCCUAAGCAUUUUAGUUCCCCACUUCCUGCUGCCGGUCGCAGCUUGGCCGAAUGGACCGCAGGCAGCCGUGUUUAAAAAUAUGUGGACAAAUUACCAGUUGAAGUAUGCAAAAGUGACCGGGCGUCCUCUGCUAUUUACGCACCUGUACCUUCUCACCUGGGGGUUGUGCAUUGCAUCCUGGAUUAUAAGCAUAUUGGUUGUGCUACCUCAGUACUACCUUCAAAAGGAUUUUGAAUUUUGGCACACUUUCGCCUACUAUCAUAUCAUAGCUAUGUUGAAUGGAUUUUGCAGUCUGUGGUAUGUGAACUGCACAGCUUUCCAAUUCACGAGCCGAGCAUUAGCGGCGAAUUUGCAGGAAACUUUGGAACAAUCGAGACCUGCUGAAAAAUUAACGGAGUAUCGACAUCUAUGGGUUGAUCUUAGUCACAUGAUGCAACAAUUAGGUAAGGCUUACGCAAACAUGUACGGAAUAUACUGCUUAGUAAUAUUCUUCACGACAAUCAUCGCAACUUACGGAGCGUUCAGUGAAAUUAUUGAUCACGGAAUUAGCCUUAAGGAGCUGGGGCUUUUCAUGAUAGCCUUCUACUGUAUGUCGUUAUUGUUCAUAAUUUGCAAUGAAGCGCAUUAUGCUUCGAAAAGUGUCGGAGCUGAUUUUCAGGAUCGACUUUUUAACGUGAACCUCACUGCAGUGGACAAUCUAACAGCAAAGGAAGUUGAAAUGUUCCUCGUGGCUAUAGAGAAGAAUCCGCCAGUGAUGCAUUUAAAUGGCUUUGCCAACAUUAACAGAGAAUUGCUAACUUCGAAUAUUUCUUUUAUGGCAACGUAUCUAGUUGUGCUUUUGCAAUUUAAACUAAGUCUCCUGCGGCAGACAAUUCUCGAUGCUAUGCGUGUCAAUGCAACAAUGGCUAAACUUCAGAUGAACGAAAAUUAG